AUGUCUAACUUCUUUGGUGUUCUUGUGUCUGAUCCAUGGCUCCAGAGCCAGUUCACACAAGUGCAGCUCCGAACGCUGAAAACAAAAUUUUUGUCCGUGAAGAAAUCGGAUGCCGACAAUGUAGCUAUUAAAGACUUGCCGCCGGUGAUGGAGCAGCUUAGGGGCCUUCAUGAGGUUCUAUCCGAGGAAGAGAUCAGGAAUUUUUUGAGCGAGUCUUACCCAGACAUGAAUCAAUCAAUAGAGUUUGAGCCGUUUCUUAGGGAGUACUUAAAUCUCCAAGCAAAGGGGACCAGCAAAUCUGGAGGCAAAAAGAAAUUGAAGGGAUCUGUGUCAUUUUUGAAGGCUUCUACUACUACUCUGAUGCACGUCAUUAAUGAGUCUGAAAAAACUUCUUAUGUGAAUCAUAUCAACAAUUUUCUGGGAGAGGAUUCUUUCCUGAAAAACUUCUUGCCAUUGGACCCUGAAUCAAAUGAUAUAUUCAAUCUUGUUCGGGAUGGUGUACUACUUUGCAAGUUGAUCAAUGUUGCUGUUCCGGGCACUAUAGAUGAGAGAGCAAUAAAUACUAAGAAGGAUCCUAAUCCAUGGGAGAGGAAUGAGAACCACAACCUUUGUCUCAACUCUGCAAGGGCCAUUGGCUGCACUAUUGUUAACAUUGGGACACAAGAUUUGAUUGAAGCUAGACCUCAUCUUGUUCUUGGUUUGUUAUCGCAAAUCAUAAAGAUACAACUCUUAGCUGAUUUGAAUUUGAAGAAAACGCCACAGCUGUUGGAGUUGUUCGCUGAUGAUAAUAGCAAGGAAGCAGAGGAGGUUGUUACCUUAGCACCAGAUAAGAUGUUGCUCAAAUGGAUGAACUUUCAUAUCAAGAAAGCAGGGUACAAAAAAACUGUUACAAAUUUCUCUACUGAUGUUAAGGAUGGUGAAGCGUAUGCUUACCUUCUCAGCGCCCUUGCCCCUGAGCAUAGCUCGACGACCAUGAUAGAAACUACAGAUCCUAAAGAAAGGGCAAAGAAAGUACUUGAAACUGCUGAAAAGCUUGAGUGUACAAGAUAUGUAACAUCUAAAGAUAUUGUUGAGGGUUCAGCAAAUCUCAACUUGGCAUUCGUUGCACAAAUAUUCCAGCAGAGAAAUGGUCUAUCAACGAACACUACUGUGGCUCCUGUCCAAGAUACUCCUGACGAUGUGGAAGCAUCUAGGGAAGAGAGAGCAUUUCGCUUGUGGAUCAACAGUCUUGGAAUUGCAACUUAUGUUAAUAAUUUGUUUGAGGAUGUUAGGACUGGAUGGGUCCUGUUGGAGGUGCUUGACAAAAUUUCUCCAGGAUCAGUUAACUGGAAGCAAGCGUCAAAACCUCCAAUCAUCAUGCCAUUUAGAAAGGUGGAAAACUGCAACCAGGUUAUAAAAAUCGGGAAGGAGUUAAAAUUUUCUCUUGUAAAUGUAGCGGGAAAUGAUAUUGUUCAGGCAAACAAGAAACUAAUUCUAGCUUUCCUGUGGCAACUCAUGAGGACCAGCAUCCUGCAACUGCUAAAGAACUUGAGAUUCCACUCUAAAGACAAAGAAAUUACAGAUUCUGACAUUCUUAUCUGGGCGAAUAAUAAGGUCAAGGAAUCAGGCAAAACAUCCCAAAUUGAAAGCUUCAAGGAUAAAAGCAUAUCCGAUGGUGUGUUCUUCCUUGAGCUUCUAAGCGCUGUUAAGCGUACGGUUGUUGAUUGGAGUCUGGUCAAGAAGGGGGAGGAUGAUGACGAGAAGAAGUUGAACGCAACAUACAUCAUAAGUGUCGCCAGGAAGCUCGGGUGUACCGUAUUCUUGUUGCCAGAGGACAUAAUGGAGGUAAAUCAUAAGAUGAUUCUUACUCUUACUGCAAGCAUCAUGUACUGGAGCCUGCAGAAGCAAGGGCCUUACGAAGGUGCUGGGUCAGCGGCACCACAAGAAGCCCUUCCAGAGGAAGAAGAAGAGGUGGAAGAGGAGGAGGAAGAAGAAGAAGAGGAGGUUGAAGAUGGUGUAAGUUUUGGUAUGUAG